CAGCUAACAUUCCACAAGAAGCACGCAGCAAUAGUGACCGAGUCUUAUUUGCCAUAUGUACUCCAGCAGGCAAAAGCUAUCAAAGAACAGGAAAACACUGUGAAGCUUUAUACCCGUAAUGGCAUUUGGCGUUCGAUAAAUCUGGAGCACCCUGCUACUUUCGAGACGUUGGCAAUGGAGCCCGAGCUUAAGAGAACAAUUCUAGAGGAUCUGGAUAGGUUUGUCAGGAGGAAGAAUUUUUACAGGAAGGUUGGGAAGGCUUGGAAAAGAGGUUACUUGUUGCAUGGUCCACCCGGUACCGGCAAAUCCAGCUUGGUUGCAGCCAUGGCUAACUAUCUCAAGUUUGAUGUUUAUGAUUUGGAGCUUGCUUCUGUCCGUGGCAACUCUCAACUUAGGAAUGUGUUGCUAUCUACUACAAAUCGUUCCAUCCUGGUGAUUGAGGAUAUUGAUUGUAGCAUGGAUUUUCAAAACCGAGACUUGGAUUUGAAUCCCCCAGAUCCAUACUCCGGGUUCUACCAAAACCAAAAGCAAGAAAAGGUAACACUGUCCGGAUUACUGAACUUCAUAGAUGGUCUGUGGUCGAGCUGUGGAGACGAGAGAAUCAUAGUGUUCACCACAAACCACAAGGAUAAGCUAGACCCUGCGUUGUUGCGCCCUGGUCGAAUGGACUUGCACAUUCACUUGUCAUAUUGCACCCCGAAUGGGUUCAAAACUCUGGCCUCUAACUACCUUGGCAUUCAAGAAAGCAACCCUCAUCCCCUGUGUGGCAAAGUUGAAAGGUUGAUGGAGACCACAGAAGUGACCCCUGCAGAGGUCGCUGAGGAGCUCAUGAAGAGUGAUGAUGCUGAUGUUGCUCUUCAAGGUGUUGUCAGUUUACUCAAACGUAAGAAGCGUGAGAGCGAAAAGGUGAUAGAGCAUAAUGAAGAAAAGAGAAAUUAUUAUUUGUAUCCGGAACACCACAUGUCUGUUCCCCUUUAA